CCUUGGCGCAUGCGUAGUUAGACUUUACCUGGAAGGUGAUCAAAAAGCCGUAGCGGAAGUCCGAGUGUUGUUGUAACUGUUUGAAUUCGUGAUAUGUGAAGAGACCCCAGUCACCAUGACAACGGUACCACCUCUCCAAGCUUAUUCGGGGUCAACUCCUAAUGACAGUGAGUACUACUACAGCGACAACUCCAAAUGGACCAAGGACAUCCUAGUUACGCGUGACCCAGUGUUUGUAAAUAAAGCUGUCGUGAAUGGCGAGUACAUUGGUCGGAAACCACACACCUAUAUCUACCUCGCAAUCGCCGUUACCGUCCUCAACCCUCUCCUUGGACCCUUUGCCAUCAUGUUUGCAGUGAUGUCUACACGAUCCUAUGACGAUGGAGAUAUCAAGUCGGCCGUGAAGUGGGCGAAUUACUCGUUCAUGUUGGGGAUGAUGACAAUAGGCAUUUCAGUAAUUUUAUAUAUAGCAAUAGGAUUUUCUCUGAGUGGUCUGGGGACAAAAGGAGGUCACGCUCCCUGAUCCCGAAUACCUGUACCCUGUAAAUAUGUAUAUAGCUCAUCAUUCUACAACACACUCUGUCAAUGAACAUUGAUUUAUCAGUGUAGAACGACAUUAGGAGGUCAAUCAGUGCAGGUUCAGUGAUUAAUGUUUUAGAUUAUUGCUCCAGAAAUGUGUUUUCUGUGACUAAUGGUAAUUAAUGGUAUCAAUAUUUAAUGUCCCAUCACAAUUAAACUUCGUGGAGGUUUGUUCUACAGAAACAAUGAAUUGGUAAUGGUUCAAAAUUAAUUCACCUUAACAGAUCGUCAGAUGUGCCUCAAAUUACUGGCAUACUUAACUGAUAUUACAGGUAGACUAAUCCACUUCUACAGGUAUGAAAAUAUUUUCAGCCAGAUUCUGAUCACUCGGAUAACACCUAAAAAAUCCAAUGUAAGAAUUUGAUUAUAAACUUUUAUGCCAAAAUUAAUCUCUGUUAAAGCAUUCUUGGAAGUUAACAUAUUAAUCAGGAAAUAUUUUGGAAUUCUGAAAUUAAAUUUUCUGGACGAAUGAAUUUUUAAUUACACUACAUAUGCAGAAAAUGAAUCGUCCAGGCAUAUGAGGUUCGCCAAUAUGUACUAUAUACGCGGAAAGUUAAACAUGGAUACAUGUAUAUAUACAUCAGUGUAUAAUUAGAAAAAAGUAGAUUUAGCACGACAUUUAACUAAAGAUGGUUGUUACAAGCUCCGAUAACACUUGGAAAAGGUCAUGAUAUAUCCUAUUUGUACCUGUAGCAUAUCAUUAACCCUUUCAUCCCUAGGUAACUUAAGUAGACUCUACCAUACAUUCAUCUGGAUGAGUCCAUUAUGGUCUACAGUGGUGAAAGGGUUAAAACUCCUUUUAUUUCAUUCUUUUUACACCAUGACUAAUUAACAUACAUACUGACUUUUUUUUUAUGUGAAAGUCUAGUAAUGCUGAAAUUAGAAUCUCAAAAUUUUGUAGGCCUGUCAUUUCAAAGAACAUGGACAUUCAAUGAUCAGGUAGAACCUGAAACAAUGGCUCUCAACCAUAUCCCACAUAAACUAGUGAGAGAAAUCUGAAUCCUUAGCCAGCCUUUCCAUUGGACGAGACCUCUGCUAGUCUUGCAAUUCUUUUUGGGGGAUGGGAGGAGGGGAGAAAACUCAGAAGUGUCCAUUCUCUGCGAAUGUCCAGAAUUAUGUAAUUACUGUACCCAUUUAUUAAUAUAAUCAUAUUUCAUCAGCUUAUCAAUGAACUUGAUAACACAUGCUGUUAACUUUUGCUGUUUCAUGAAUUCACAAUUAAUUUGGUUGUUUAAAUGAAAUGUAAUUUAUCCUUCCAUAAAUUGUAUAAAUUUCUGCCAAUAUUACAGAUUCUUGUGUACAUAUCUUUACUUUAUUUCAACAUCAAUGCCAGUAUACAACUUAUAAUUCCAUAUGCACUAUUGCAGCAAAUUUUAUUUGUAAAGUGUGUUUCAUAUAUAUGUAUUUAAUUUUUAUUUCAACAUUUUCUGAUAAUUCUUCACAUAUACAUGUAUAUGUAUUUUUAAUUUUUAUUCUGUCAUUUUCUGGUAAUUCUUCACAUAUAAAAAAGAAAAACGAAUUUCAAUCGCUUUUCACAGAAAUUCUCUGUAUGACAUAUUUUUUAAUAUCUCUAAUGUUACAUGCGUUGCACAGGGUCUGUCCAUACAUAUCUUGCACUUGUUAAGGCCCGAGAACAGGUCGUCUCUGGCAUAGGGCAAAGAGGAUUUACACCCCCCUGUCAACAGUAGCACCCAUUUACUGUAGAUUUACGAUAAAUCCAUGCUAACUUAAGUCUGCGGACAAGAAACUGUCUUGGGAACCUCCAACUCUGUAAUAUCUUUGGCCAUUUCCUUGAUAAUUGUCAUGAGGUUGGUUAUAAACAUUUUACCGUACGUACCCUUGAUGAUGACAUGAAUUAUCAAUUCUGUCAUCUUUUAUUAUAUGUCUAUGAAAGAAGAAUAGCUAUAGAAAAUAUAAGGUUUUGUUGAUGUAUUUUAUCAGUGAUUUAAAUUUUGAAAUGUAAUAAUAUUUUUAAAUAUAUACGUAAAAAAUCCAU